CUUGCAGAAUGAUCCCUCCCUGGGUGCUGCUCCUUUCCCUCCCCUUGGUGGGAGCCACGGAGCGCCCCGAGGGCCGGGAGUUCGCCCCGGGCCUGGCGGCGACCCUGGCCGCCCCCAACGCCUCGCACUUCUUCUGGAACAACUACACCUUCUCCGACUGGCAAAACUUUGUGGGCCGGCGGCGCUACGGGGCCGAGUCCCAGAACCCCACGGUGAAAGCCCUGCUCAUCGUGGCUUAUUCCUUCAUCAUCGUCUUCUCGCUCUUCGGCAACGUCCUGGUCUGUCAUGUCAUCUUCAAGAACCAGCGCAUGCACUCGGCCACCAGCCUCUUCAUCGUCAACCUGGCCGUGGCCGACCUGAUGAUCACGCUCCUGAACACCCCCUUCACUUUGGCCCGCUUUGUGAACAGCACCUGGGUGUUCGGGAAGGGCAUGUGCCACAUCAGCCGCUUUGCCCAGUACUGCUCCCUGCACGUCUCCGUCCUGACGCUGACGGCCAUUGCUGUGAACCGCCACCAGGUCAUUAUGCAUCCGUUGAAACCCCGGAUCUCCAUCACGAAAGGUGUCAUCUACAUCGCAGUCAUCUGGACCAUGGCUACAUUCUUUUCCCUCCCUCAUGCUAUCUGCCAGAAAUUAUUUACCUUCAAGUACAGUGAGGACAUUGUCCGCUCUCUAUGCCUGCCAGACUUCCCUGAGCCAGCUGACCUCUUCUGGAAGUACCUGGACUUGGCCACCUUCAUCCUGCUUUACAUCCUACCCCUCCUCAUCAUCUCUGUGGCCUACGCCCGUGUGGCCAAGAAGCUGUGGUUGGGCAACAUGAUUGGUGACGUGACCACGGAGCAGUACCUGGCCCUGCGGCGCAAGAAGAAGAAGACCAUCAAGAUGCUGAUGCUGGUGGUGGUCCUCUUUGCCCUCUGUUGGUUCCCUCUUAACUGCUACGUUCUCCUCCUGUCCAGCAAGGUCAUCCAUACCAACAAUGCCCUCUACUUUGCCUUCCAUUGGUUUGCCAUGAGCAGCACCUGCUACAACCCCUUCAUCUACUGCUGGCUUAACGAGAACUUCAGGGUGGAGCUGAAGGCAUUACUGAGCAUGUGUCAGAGGCCACCCAAGCCUCAGGAGGAGCAGCCACCCUCCCCAGUCCCUUCCUUCAGAGUGGCUUGGACAGAGAAGGGCAAUGGUCGGAGGGCUCCACUAGCCAACAACCUCCUUCCCUCUCCCCAACUCCAGUCUGGGAAGACAGACCUGCUAUCCGUGGAGCCCAUUGUGGCCAUGAGUUAGAGGAGGGUGGGAAGAGGCAAGGGGAGGGCU